CAAUUGAGAAGUGUAGAAGGAGAGGAUCCGGACUCGAAUAUAACGGUGCUUGAAUCGUUGGUCACAUCUUCUUCGCACCCCUUCCUCCACUCUCCGCACGGUCGCGUCGUCGGCUCACAGUUGGCGGCGAACUCACCUGUUUUCGGAGACAUAUCUUCUCUAUUCGUACAGAAAAUGCAAACACUCCUAAUAGCAACUGAAGAAUCCCAUUUUCUUCUUCGACUCUUCAAAGGCAGCAUCCUAACCCUAGACUCCAUCAAGGACUGUAUCGCUCGGUCCUUUGCUGACAUUUUCUGUGGCAAAUCCAACAUUGAUUUUUUCGAUCAAAGGUGCAAUGGAGUACUGCCUUGUGCUCUUCAAGAUAUCAUUGAGACUGUUGGUGAUCAAUGCCAGCAACAGAAUGAAGAUUGGUUCUCACAAAGAAAGGAUUGCAAUGAUAAAAGAGAUUUGCAGGCAGUUUUCAAUGUAUUGGACACAAUGCUGAAAGAUAGUUUGGAGCGUUUAAAGACGAUGAGGGAAGGCAUAUCAUGGGCACACAUAGGCCUAUGCAGUCGCACUUUUGAAGGCAGUUACACUCAGCAUGUAGCCAUUAUUAGGGCUUUGUGUUUGGAAGGUAAGUUGGGAGCAUCCCUAUGGCUUAGGAAGAAGAUGAUUCGGAAUGGUGUAAUUCCAGAUGUGCUUACACACAAUUAUCUUCUUAAUGGACUUUGUAAAACUGGUGAAUUGGAGAAGGCAAAUUGGCUUGUUAGUGAGAUGUUAUAUUGUGGUCCUAGUCCCAACUGUGCUACCUAUAACACUUUAAUGAAGGGUUAUUGCCUAAUUAAUAAUGUGGACAGAGCUCUCGAUGUUUUCUCUACAAUGGCGAAUUCUGGUGUUACGCCAAAUAGAGUUUCCUGUAACAUUUUAGUACAUGCACUUUGCAAGAAAGGACUAUUGGAGGAUGCUAGGAAGCUUCUUAAAGAAAUAUUAGAUGAAAAUUUUGACAAGGGAAGAUCAAAUUUAAUCACUUCUACAAUACUCAUGGAUGGUCACUUCAAGAAUGGAGAUACGGUGCAGGCUCUUGCUUUUUGGGAUGAGAUGCUCCAAAGGGGUACCCAAAUGGAUGUUAUUUCCUAUAAUGUUAUUAUUUAUGGAUUUUGUUCGAGCCGAGACAUGACAGUUUCAUAUAGAUACUUAUCUGAAAUGUUUAAGAGUGGCCUUAUUCCCGAUGUUUUCACUUACAAUACACUUAUAAGUGCUCUUUGUAAGGAAGGAAGGAUUGAUGAGGCUUGUUAUAUCUACAGUGUUAUGUCAAGAAUGGGGGUGGCUCCUGAUCAUAUCUCAUACAAAAUGCUCAUUCAAGGCCUUUGUAUUCAGGGGCAUGUAAUUGAGGCUAAUGAGUUUCUUGUUUCCAUGUUAGAGAAUUCGAUUGUACCUGAGCCUAUCAUCUGGAAUUCUAUAAUUGAUGGCUAUGGUAGAAGUGGAGAUAUUCAAAAUGCUCUCUCCAUUAGAGAUCAAAUGGUGGCAUUUGGUGUCUUGCCCAA